UCUUGUGUUCACACUCGGUGAAGGCGGAUGUAGCAGCAGAGCCAAAAUGGCGCCCAGAGAAACAAACAGAGGCUGGGGUCGAGCUGUGUUUCCCGUUAACGGCAGGACGAACGGCGGAGGGAUGUAUGACAGGACUUCAUCGUACUGCGAGCUGGUGACCUCACGUGCUCUGUGACCUUAGAGAGGAGGGGGAUCAGAAGGGGCGGAGUCAGGGGGAAAUGGCGGCUGAGCUGUUCUCCACCAGCCUACCUCACAGCAACGAGGUGGACGUGAAAAAGACUCUGAUUCAGCCCAGCCAAUCACAGCCGCCAGACAGUGACCACGACAACCCAGACGGAGACGACACUCAACUGAACACCGGUGAAGAUGGAGAGGAGAGAGAGAGCCAGAAGGAAGUGCAACCUACACUCAGAGAGAGGAACGCUCUGAUGUUCAACAAUGAGCUCAUGGCUGAUGUUCACUUCAUCGUUGGACCUCCAGAAGACACUCAGAAAGUCCCCGCUCAUAAGUAUGUCCUCGCGGUGGGCAGCUCAGUCUUUGGAGCCAUGUUUUACGGGGAUCUGGCAGAAGGACAAUCUGAGAUCGUAAUCCCUGAUGUGGAGCCAGCUGCUUUCCUCAUCCUGUUAAAGUAUAUGUACAGUGAUGAGAUCCAGCUGGAGGCGGACACGGUGCUCGCCACACUCUACGCUGCUAAGAAGUACAUAGUCGUCGCUCUGGCGAAGGCCUGCGUGUCGUUCCUGGAGACGAGUCUGGAGGCGAGGAACGCCUGCGUCCUGCUGUCCCAGAGCCGGCUGUUCGAGGAGCCGGAGCUGACGGAGCGCUGCUGGGAGGUGAUCGACGCGCAGGCCGACCUCGCGCUGCGUUCUGAAGGUUUCUGUGAGAUCGACCGGCCCACACUCGAGAUCAUUCUGCAGAGAGACUCCCUGAACAUCCGCGAGGUCGCCAUCUUUCAGGCAGUGCUGAGCUGGGCGGCGGCUGAGUGUCGGCGUCAGAGUCUUGCAGUGAGUGCCAGGAAUCAGCGAGUGGUUCUGGGUAAGGCACUGUACCUGGUCCGGAUCCCUUCCAUGACUCUGCAGGAGUUUGCGGAUGGGGCGGCGCAGUCGGACGUCCUGACACUUAAAGAGACUCGUGAUGUCUUCCUGUGGUUCACCGCCUCCAACAAACCUAGACUUGAGUUCCCUCUGGUGAAGCGGACCGGUCUAGUACCUCAGAGGUGCCACCGCUUUCAGUCCUCGGCCUACCGUAGCAACCAGUGGCGCUACAGGGGACGCUGCGACAGCAUCCAGUUCGCCGUGGACCGGCGGAUCUUCAUGGCUGGACUCGGGCUGUACGGGUCGAGCGGCGGGAAGGCCGAGUACAGCGUGAAGAUCGAACUGAAGAGGCAGGGAACAGUUCUGGCCCAGAAUCUCACCAAGUUCUUAUCAGACGGGUCAAGCAGCACCUUCCCGGUGUGGUUUGAACACCCGGUCCAGGUCGAACAGGACACCUUCUACACCGUCAGCGCCGUCCUGGACGGGAACGAGCUGAGCUACUUUGGUCAGGAGGGGAUGACGGAGGUGCAGUGUGGGAAAGUGACCUUCCAGUUUCAGUGUUCCUCAGACAGUACCAAUGGGACCGGGGUGCAGGGGGGCCAGAUUCCUGAGGUGGUCUUCUACUGCUGAACGAAAACCCACCUCCCUCCAGGCAUCUGACCAAUCUGAACGCAUGCCAGAAACAAAACCAGCUGCUGGGGGAGGGGCUCUUACAGGGCUGCUACCCUGAACUGGAAGCUGAUUGGCUGCUGGAGCAGAACCAUAAUCUGAUUGGCUGUUGGAGUAGAACUGGAAGCUGAUUGGCUUGUAUGUGAUUCUUAAAUGAUGUAAACAUUAAAGUUGAAGUAAACAGUGAA